CUCUCACACUAACUACUCAGCUCUAACCCUCUAGGUCAAGCACGCACACACGCACCAGUGCACCACCGGCCACCAUCACGGCACCAGUCAGCACCACGCUACUGCUCCACACAAUAUACCAGCCGCGCCUCUACCUAAAUCUAACUCUCUCAAUCAAAACUCUGUCUUUUUGUCUCUAACUUUUCAUCGGGUUUCCCCAUUCACCAGCUCGAUCCAUAGGGAAGAAGCUGUGAAUCCAGUGGAAAUUUUUGAACUGGUAAAGGUGAAGGCUUGGACCUGGUUACGUGCAAAAAAUAGUAGCUUUAUUCAUUCUUUUGCUGAAUGGCUUAAUGAACCUAUGGAAUGCAUUGAUGAUACUUAAAGUAUUUGGUUGAAGGUAUGGAUGAAGGUCCUGAGUGUGGAUUAAAGCUAAAAAGUAAAAAGGGUGCAUGUGUAUACUCUGUGUUCGAAUGGCUGCAGAAUUUGAAGGAGAGCAUAACUCAGAUUUGAUGUGGGUUCACAUACUGCAGUUAUUUGGCAGGUUGUAGAGAGGAUCAAAGUGUUGGCUGCAGGGUGUGUUUUAUUGUCAUGAUGCCAUUGAAUUUUAUAUGGCUGGUUAGGUUGUGAUAUUAAUUAUAGUGCACGAAGUGGUGGUAUGCACGGUAGGGACUUGCUAUUGUGUCUGCAUAAGUAUUAAGGUGGUUUUCUUGCAAGGUGCUGUUUAGGCAAUAAGUUUUGUUUGUGGUGGAAUUAAAUUCAGCUAUGAAUUGACACCAAUUUAUGACGAUUACACUCAAAUGGAGAUGGCUACUGCUACUUAUACUAUAAUGGAAGGAGCACCGAAGAGGGGAGCUGAUUUAGUGCAGGUCUUUUACUGCACAUUGUUUUAAUUUGUGAGGCAGGUUCUUCCUUUGGAUAUAUUCUGGCUGAAGGCAUUUGGGCAGUGGAGUGUUGGAGGAGGCUAAUUCUCUUAUCUGCUUUUAUUCCUUCUUGGUGGUUACCUUAGAUUUUAGAAAUUGGUACUUUUUCCUUUACUAGGUUUUCCCGGGGGUUUUUCCUAGUAAGGUUUUAAUGAGGUUUUUUUCUAAAGUCUUUCCUUGAAGAAGAUGGUGGGAUAUCAUUAGUAUAUGGUUCAUGUAUUGCUGUAUUUUUUGUCGCACUUAUCUUAUUUCCUUCAUUUCCUUACUUGUAUUUUGUUCUCUUGGCUUCUUCCGUUCUUGUUAUUACCUGGUUCAAUUUAAGGUAAGUCUAUAAACUGUUUGGUAUACCGAUGUGUUCAUUUGAAAAAUUUGAACCCCCUGACCCUGGGGUCCUGGAUCCGCCACUGGUUAUCAAUUGUCUCAGUAAAUGUCUAUGUCAAUCUGUUAUAGCUUUCCACAUGAUUUCGUUUUUGGAACAUUUAGGAUUUUGAAAGGAAUUGACUAAUUUGUUAGUAUUAGUGUUAAGGAUUAACUAAAACCUAGAAUGGCUAAAUUGCUUUAAACCAGAAUGAUUAGUUUAGUUUAUAUUAACCAAGUUGCAUUAAUCUCUGGUUUCACUAAUCAUUUGAAGUUCUUCACUCCUUACUGUUACCAAUGUCUUUUAUUUAGCUUUCUUGUUCUACCUUGCAAUGUUAUCAAAUACGGUGCUAUAGCGUAGUGCUCUGAGGGCUCAUCGCUAUUUGCUAUUUGCUGCUCUGAGGGAUUGACCUAGCGGAUUUUUGCCUUUCUGCUAUUUUCCGCUAUUAAUAAUGCUGCUACCUUGUGCUUGAAUUGAGUCAUCGACGUUAAUUUCCCGUAUUGUUGUUAAAUGGAAUUUUGGUUAUGGGGUUUUCAUGGCCACACUAAUUAUCUGCUUAACGGGCAUUUCCAUGAAAUGAGCUUAAACACUUUCCCAAGAAAAUUUGGUUUGGUAUAAAGUUUGAUUUUCAAUUAGAUUGAUAAUUUGAUUCACCAGGCUGUGGCUAUGCUUUUAGUUGUAAUUUCAGCUUUUGUUUCUUAUAGUAUUUUGUUACAUUUUGAUGGAUAUGUAGGUUGGAAUUUUGUUCUCCUGAAAGAAAAUUAUGAUUUGCUGCAUAGAAUUGUUUUGUCAAUUGUAAAUGCCUCAAUUUCAUUCUCAUAACUAGAUAGCUGCAAAAAAACACCUUAUUGGAAGAGAAGACGUUCUAUGAAAUUUUGGUCUAUGUUAUGUGCCAAUUUGUAAUUUUCUACCUCUAGUUUUCUAUCAUUUGUGGCUGAAGUUAUUUAUAACAUUUAUCGCACAUGCAUGUUGGCCCUGUGUGUUUUAUGUAGGCUGGGCUAACCUCUAUAACCCAUGAUUUAUCAAUUUUGACCCUUAUUGUCUCCAGUGCUACACAUAAGCUGUUCAUGCACCUUUUUCUUCCAAUUCCUCUGUAUAGAUGCCUCGUUACAAAGAUGAGUCCCCUGCGGUUUGCGUCUACACGGUCUGUGAUGAAUCCAGAUAUUUGAUUGUGCGGAAUGUUCCAGCAUUAGGUUGCGGAGAUGAUUUGAGGCAAUUGUUUUCAUCCUAUGGAGAGAUUGAGGAGUGUCACCCAAUGGAUGCAGAGGAUUGUGAGCCCUUCACCGAUGUCUAUUGGAUUAAAUUCCGCCUUUUCAACAAUGCCAGGUUUGCAAAAAGAAAACUGGAUGAUUUUGUUUUCCUUGGGAACCGACUGCAGGUUUCAUAUGCUCCCCAUUUUGAGAGUCUCUCAGACACAAAGGAUAAAUUAGAGGGAAGAAGAAGGGAGGUUUUAGCACGUUUGAACCCUAGAAGACCUCAAGUGACUGCAGCCUCAGGAUCUAGGCCUUCGAUUACCUCAAAGACCACUUCCCUAUCAGAAAAUUUAGAUCAUACUGAAAGGGAUCUAGCAUUUGAAGGAAGGUCGCACAACGGUAAUCUUCAAAAAAGAACAGUUUCUUCUAAUGAGGAUUAUUUUGCUUCCCAUUCCAUGAAUCAAACAGUAAAGGUUGUCCGCGAUAAGCUCGAUAAGAUUCAAUCCAGUGGAGAGCAUCUACAGGAUGGACCUGUAUCAAAGAAAUCAAGAGUUGAUAAUAGGAGGAGGAUUUAAUAUAUGUGAAGUUAGAGUUGUAUACAAUUAUGAUCUUUUUUUCAGUCUCAAUUUGUUGUAAAUUGAUAAGAUGUGUUUUUAUAGGACUCAAAUCAAGUACGUGGAAUAGCUGAUUCACCAUAUCUUCAAUGAAAAUUCUGAUUUUUAUUA